GCAAGCAAAAAAGAAUGGUCAGCUCAUCGGGGGGUACCCCCCGCAUCCAGGUCUUCAGACCAACCUACGAAGAGUUCAAAGACUUCUCCAAGUACAUCGAGUACAUGGAGAGCAAGGGAGCGCACAAAGCUGGCCUUGCUAAGGUGAUACCACCUCCUGAAUGGGUACCUCGAAAAGGAGGCUACGACACGUCCAAAAUGGACCUGACGAUACCUGCGCCAAUUUGCCAGGUGGUGAACGGCAAGCAGGGUCUUUACCAGCAGAUAAACAUCCAAAAAAAAGCAAUGACCAUCCAAGAGUACGAAAAGCUGGCAAACUCUGAGAGGUACGCCACUCCGAAGCACUUUGACUACGAGGACUUGGAGCGCAAGUACUGGAAAAACAUCACAUACGUCGCGCCGAUUUACGGCGCUGAUGUUUCAGGGUCUCUGACAGACCCAGAUGUCAAUGUGUGGAACAUAAAUCACCUUGGUACUAUUCUUGAUUAUGUUAACAAAGAUUACGGGAUUUCUAUUGAUGGAGUAAACACAGCUUAUCUCUACUUCGGGAUGUGGAAGACGACAUUCGCGUGGCAUACUGAAGACAUGGAUCUGUACUCGAUAAAUUAUUUACACUUUGGGGCUCCCAAGACUUGGUACGCUAUUCCUCCAGAGCAUGGACGUAGGCUCGAGCGACUUGCCAGUGGAUUCUUUCCCAGUAAUUAUCAAAGUUGUCCGGCUUUUUUGAGACACAAAAUAUGGGUCGAGUACGGAAAACGAGCUACUCAGUGUACCUGUAACAAUGAUAUGGUUAAAAUAUCAAUGGAUACUUUUGUAAAGCGCUUUCAACCAGAAAGGUAUGACUUGUGGCUACGUGGUGAAGACAUAGGCUGUCACCCAGAAGACCCAAGACAAACCGCAGCGCCCAUGCCGUCCCAAAUGGACCUCUUGUGCUGCAACAGCACCGACAAACUCCCAGACAGUUUUAUAAACGCCCCGAAAAACAAACGACACACAAUUCACCGUAAAAAAUCUCUGGUCGAUUCAAACCAAGAUCUCAACAUGCACGAAUUAGUCAAUGGUCCUGACAUUCCAGCAGACGUGAAAAAAGUUCUCCAGGAUCUUGAGCUCGAGGAAGACGUCCCGGAUGAACAGCAGUUGGAAGUUCUCGAGGACAUUUGGUUAAAGGCCGGAGAGUUGGAAAUCGAAGAGGCUAGUUUGUACGACGACGGGUACAACAAAAAGAAAAACAAGCGCAAGAAGAGACGAAUGACUGUUGACAAAGAGCGAGUUGGUAUUAAGACUAAAAAACCCGUGAAGAAUACCAAUCAAAAUAAUAUUGAGACUGAAGGAAACACUUCGACAAAUUCCGAGAUCAAGCCAAAAUAUCUCGACAUUAUUGGCAGCGCAGUUCCGUGUCUCGUUCUACCAAAAAUCACAAACUUUGAUGGGAUUAAUUCUCUGUCUGAUUCUCAAUCUCCGACAAAACCCAAGGAACCUUCAGAGACUUUUGCGACUCCUGGAGACACUCCGAUAAAAAAGAAAAGAAAGUACACCAAGCACAAGUCAGAAAAUAAAGAGCGCAAAAAAGAUAGUGAAGGUAAUGAUAUUAUUCCCAAGAGAACUUACAAGAAAAAAUUAAAGUGCAUAGCUCCUUUGUCAGCUCCAGAAUCAGUUUUUGAUUCUUCCCAACCUCUUGACGUAUCUGACGCUUAUGUCCAGCGUAAAUUAAUGGCAAUGCCCAGCCUGUCAUCACAAAAAUCACAAAAGACUGAAUCUAUUAAAUUAAGUAACAUCACUGAUCAAAAUAUUGAUCAAAGUAUUAUUAGUAAGCCUGAAAAACCAACACCUUUACAAAUUAGCGAGAAUAUUGAUGCUUGCAUUGCAGCUGUUGUUUCACAGUAUCAAUACAUGUCUGAUUCUUCAUUGGACGAAAAACCCUCCAGUGAAAAUGACAAUUUUGCAGUUGAUAAAUCUUUAAUUAGUCCUGUUGAUGAAUCAUCUAUAAAAGAACCUUUUGCAAUUGAAAAAAAAUUCUCAGCUGAAGAACUGAUAAAUGAUAAAUCUUUAAUAAAAAAUAAUUCUUCAUCACAAACAGAAUUUUUUAAAUUCUCGGAAUUUAAUUCAGGAAAUUCUGAGGUAAAGAAAAAUUCAUUUAUUCUACCCAAAAAAUGUUCUACAAACAUCAACAGACCCUUGAAUAUUUACCAAAAAAAUGACAUAAUAAAAGCUCCAAAAUUAUGCGUCCUAACAAAUAAUUGCACGUCCCAAAGCGAAGCAAAGCCAACUCCAUCACAAGACAAUGAUACUCUAAAAGCAGCCAGUGGGCUGUUAGUGCUUCAACAAAGCUCAAGAAUUCUCCCCAAGCCCGCGAAUGAAUCCAACAUAUUUAUAAAAAACACAAACAAUUCUUUUCUUCAAAACAGUCAAAAUAUUCUAAGCACCAAAGAAAUGCAACAGCGGUUAGAGAGGUUCAAGCUGAUGAACACUUCUAUAAACCCCGAGACAAAUUCAGAUAAUAAUAUUAACGUUUUUCAAAGCAAACUAUGCAACUCUUUUCCCGUAUCUUCAGAGCGAAUUUCUGUUAUUGAAGAGCCAAAACAGGGACAGGGACAGCUUAGUGGAGUAACAGCUUCAGAGGACUCAAGAGUUGCUACUAAAAGAUUCUGGCAAGUGCCAAACACCAACACCGUCCUGAUAGCCAGCGACUCUAAUAUUAAUUCAGCAGCAAGUAACCCUAAAAAAUUCUGGCAAUUACCUAGUGCAAAUAUUGUAAUAAGCGACAACAAGUCUAUCAAUCAAUUUAGCAAUACAACUCCAUUAUUUUACAGCACGCCGAAUAAUAAUGGGCUGAUUACACUAGCGCCCAAAACAAGUGCAAGAAUGUCUUUAGCUCCCUCUUCUUCGCUUUCUCACCAGCAGCAGCAGCACCAAAAAAUCAACAUGGGCACUUCGAUUUUAAAAGUCUCCCAGCCGGGACAGCAGAAUUCUUUGAACACAGUUGAAAUAAUAAUGCCGCAGCCGCAGUAUCAAAUUCCUCAGCUGCAAAAAAUAGCUCCGGCGCCCGCGCCGAUGAUCUUGCAACCAGCUCAAUCGAUAAAACCCAAACAAAAGCGGACACCCAGGAAGAAAAAACCGACUAAAUUAUCAAUAGAAUCUGCAGAAAGUCAGGAGAUAGCUAGUGAGCGGAAAAUGUGCUCGAUAGCAACGCAAGUUGAUAAUUUGUCUCCGUUGAAACUUACUGAGUGUACUAAGUUUACUGAACAGUCUAACAGUCCUUUUGUUAAAGAAGAAACUGCUCAAGAGUACCCAGCAAGUUUUUCUUCUUCAACAGACAACAGCGCCGCUGCUAUCAAGUCUCAGAUGCUUUUUAGCGUACCUUCUAAUAAAUAUUUGUCCAUGUCUUAUGCAGACUCUAAACCUUUGCCGGAUAUUAAGCCAAUUGUUCCCUCAAUUGGCUCGGAAAUAAAAAUUCCGAUUCCUACCAAGCCUUCAGUGCUUCAUAAAAUGAAUAAUAUUAAGCCUCCGGUGUUGACUAAAAAUUCGGGGAAAAUUCAGGGAAAUAAAUCACCGCGUAAACCCCGAGCUCCUAAAAAGAAGAGUUUAAUUAAAUUAGAAGAUAAAAAUCCUCCAGUAUUAACAAUUGAAGCUAAUUAUCCGGGCUUGAGUGCUAAUGAUUCAUCAAAAGUCUCCAGCUCAUCUUUGUCUCUUUUGUCGCCGACUUUGUCGGUUUCAAGCAGUAGCAGCAACAGCAGCUCUCAAAUAAUUCCAGGUCAUAUUUUGGAAAUGUUGUUCCCGAAUCAUCCAGAUUUGGAAAAAGUCAGGACCUUUAAUGACUACUGGAGCAGCCAGGCGUCGCACUGCGCUAUUUGCACGGGCUUCGCGAGUUCUAGUAAUAAAAAUACUCGUCAAAUGCCCCCGGAUUGGAAAGAUUGCCGAGUAAUUAGCUUGCCAGAGAGAUCUUCAAUUUGGGUUUCUCCGGCAUUGUUCGCGGCGAAUUCUAAGGAGCAGGACAUCGAGCCGGAGAAAGAUAGCUUGCUGCGCUGCAGAGAUUGCCAUGUAGUGGUUCACGCUUCUUGUUAUGGAAUUACUGUCCUGCCUACGGACUCACCUAACUGGGCGUGUGAUAAAUGCAAAGCUGGGAUGACGCAAUCUAAUUGCUGUCUUUGUCCGAUGAGGGGUGGUGCUGUAAAACGGACCAGUGAUGGGCGCUGGGCUCACAUUUUUUGCGCGCUUCUUAUUCCUGGGGUUACUUUCAAAGACUCUGUGCACAAAGAUCCGAUUAAUGUGCUGACGAUAAAGCAUGAUAUGGUCAAGCAGCAGUGCUCGUAUUGCAAACAGAACACUGGGGUUACAUGUAACGAACACAAUAAAUCAAAAGAAGAACUAGAUAUCCGUCAAGGUGACAAAGUAUGGGCAAAACAUAGAAACAAACGGUAUUAUCAAGCAACUGUUGAGUCUAUUGAUUCAGCUACAUUCUGUAUGGUCACCUUUAGUGACCAUAGCUUCAGCAAUAAUCUCUAUCAAACUGAUAUAAUUAGCCACAGUACUAUUCCAGACAUCGGUGAAAGUUGUAGAGUAAAAUGGACUGAUGGAAAUGUUUAUGACGCUAUUUUUGAGGGUACCAAUUUCCGAACAAUGUACACUGUAAUGUUUGACGACGGAUCACGAUUCGCAGUAAAACGCAAUCAAAUUUUCGCAUUAGACGAAGAUUUACCUAACAGAGUACAAGGACGCUUGUCUACUGCAACUGAAAUGCAACAUCGAUCUCAUCUUUAUGGCAAUGAAAGCAGUGGUUACUUCGUAGUACAGAGGAAAAGAAAUAAACUUAAAUUAAAU